GGUUCAUAAGUACGGUGUAUUGGAAGCUUUUAGGAUAUCUUCUUAUCUUCGCUAUUGAAUUUCAAACAUUUACAGUAUUGUUUGGUCUAUUAAGCAUUUAUUCUGCGAUCAAGUUUUCAAUGGUUCACACAUCUGACAUUGACAGAUGUUUUGAAAAUCUGGAUCCCUUGCUGAAGAGAACCUCUGAAUUACUAUGCAAGAUCAAAAAUGAAGGUGUUCUAACUAAUUCUCAUCACUAUGCUCAUCAGUCUCGUCGUAUUGAUCACAAUCUUGCUCAUUUUACUACAGUAGACCAAAAUCCAGUGGACUAUGAUUCAAGAAAUUUAAAGAAUGUCAAUUCAGUUGAGAAAUCUUGUUUUCAUAAAUAUGAAAAUGGAUUUGCUUUGUCGGAAAAUCAACACCUCCCCACAACAGUUAAAAAUUUUGCCUCAGCUGCUCCGCCAAACUCUGAAGAAUCUUCCUUGCGUAUAAAAGAUAAUUUACGCGACUACCAAUCGAAUACUGAGAAAUUGAUCGCCGAAUUGAAGCAGUCAAACGAUCAAAUAAGAAAUCUUGAAAAAUCCUUAUUAGCAAAACAGUCGUCGAUUAAUGAACUUUCUAUUGAACUGGAGCGUAAAACAGCUCUUGUCAAUUCUUUAACAAUAGAGUCUUCAACAAAAGAUAUUUUAUUACGUCAGUUAGAUUCAACUUUAGGUCGUUUGACAAGAGGUUGGAAAGAUAACGAGGCCAAACAAGAUCUUGCUAUAAAAUUAGCUAAAGAGUCUGAAAAUAGAAAAGAUAAAGAAAUAGAAGAACUUAAGAACCAAUAUCAAUCAGUUCGUGCUCAAUGGGAUGAAGAGCUUAAUUCAAUAAAAGCAGAACAUCGUUUGGAGAAAAUGUCUUUAGAAGAACAAUUAUGUCAAAUAACUAGUAAAUGUAAAGAAUUAGAAGGAAACAAUACAGAUUCUUAUCGAACUAUAGAAGAAUUAAAAUGUAAAAUUAAAAAUUAUGAACAAAAUUUACAAGAAUAUCAUACAAAAUUAACAGAACAACAAAAUGGAUCAAAUUUAAUUAUUAAAAAAUGUGCCAAAUUAAAAGAACACUGGCAAAAUCAAUUAAAACACUAUAAAGAUUCUAUGCGAAAAAGUUUAGAAACGAAAAAAGAUGAAAUAUACAAAUUAAAAGAAGAAAUCUCUACAGUAGCUAAAAAAUAUGAAUUAGAAUUUCAAGAUUAUCAAAAACAAAUUGAUUUAACUGCAGAAGUAUGUAUUUAUAUACGUUUGUUAAAUGUAUUAUCACAUAAAUUCUCAUGA